AUGUAUACCGGCACCAGGGUGCAGGGCUCCGGAUUCGGAGCCCCCGCCGCCUCCUGCCCGACCCGGGACCCUCCUGCCUGGCGCGGGGAGCUGGGCUCACCGCAGGCGCCCAGGCAGGGUUUGGAGGCGGCUCCCGAGAGGCCUUCGCGGGAGAGCACGGAGCACGCGGGCCCGAGGUUCACAGGUGCGUAUACCUUGAUAGCACCAAAUGAAAAACGAAGAAAUGAGAUACAACAGAUGGCUGCGAAAGAGCUGGAGGAGCUGGAAAGGUGGAAGGAACAACAAAGGGUGAAGUCCAUUACCCUACCGCCCAUGACGCUAGGGGGAAGCCAAUCAGAGGCUGAAGCCAGGCGGAGACAACAACUUCAACUGAUACAAUCUAAAUACCAGAAGAAGCUAAAAAGAGAAGAAUGUGUAAGAAUCAAGAAGGAAGCUGAAGAAGCUGAAGUCCAAAAAAUGAGGGCAGCUCAGAGAGAGAAGAGCAACAAAUUAGAGGAGAAAAAAAGACUUCAAGAAAACCUCAGAAGAGAAACUUUUAGAGAGCAUCAGCAAUAA